AUGGGCGUCAAUAUGUCGUCGGAGGAGAUACUGAAAUGCGGUGAAGGCGUCUGUAAGGACUACUGCCAACUAUUCGCCGAUAUGUGCCGUUUGGCCGGCAUUCGGGUCAAGAAGAUCGAGGGCUUCGCCAAAGGCCAGGACUAUCGGCCCGGACAUCAAUUCAAACCCGGCGAAGACAUAACCCACACGUGGAAUGCGGUGUUUCUGAUGAGCGCCUGGCGUCUGAUCGACACGACGUGGGGAACCGGAUAUACGGAGCCGUCGGGAAGGUUUCAACGAAAACUCAACGAACACUUCUUCCUAACGGAUCCCGAAGUAUUGAUUUGGACUCACUUUCCAUACAAUGAUAUGGAGGAUAACUAUUGCAGG